AUGGAGGAGCUCUCCAAUAGGGGCCAUACUACUACCUACUUGACAAGAGAUAGCCAAGUCAAAUUUGGAAAGAAGUUCCCCUCUAUUGAAACGGUUUCGCUAAGCAAUGAUACAAAGCAUGGCAUUGCUUUUAAAGCACUCUCAACAGACAGCAGAAAGAGGACACUUCCAGUUCUUUCCGCGAAACUCUUGAAAAUCGUGGGAUCGACAUUUGAAGAAGACUACAAAGAAACAGUGCAAUUCUUCAAAUCAAAAAACAUGGAUGUUGCCAUUUGCGAUCAUUUUACAGUAAGCUGUCAAGAAGCCUGCCAUACGCUUCAAAUACCUUUUCUGGUGACAUCCAGCAUUGGUGCCGCCCCUGACACAGAAGCUCCCUACAUUGAUAAUUCUAUCAAACUGUUCAACACGGCAUUUGGCUUUGAGUCUGCUAGACCCUUGGGACCUUUGGUGGAGUUCAUUGGCCCCAUCGUUCCCAAGUCUGCUGCAAGCAAACUAACACAGGACCUGGAUCACUUUUUAGUCAAUCAUCAACGAGUAGCAUGCAUUGCAUUUGGACAACAUGCCACGACGAAUGAAACCGAGCUCACUGCGCUAUUUGCAGGGUUGCUGGAAGCGUACGAAAUAGGCUACAUUGAUGGCAUGAUUUGGUCCAUACGAGGACUAGACGGCAUUAUCCCUAGUGUCAUCGUGACAAGCUCCAAUCCGACCUACCAUAUCCAUCAACUGCUGAAUCAAAACAAGCUCAAUGAUAUCGCAUUUCUCCAAUGGGCACCACAAACAGCCUUCCUUCAGCAUCCAUCUACCAUUCUGUUUGUCACGCACGCUGGAGCAGGCUCGUUAUAUGAAGGAUUGCAAGCUGGAAAACGUUUGGUCUUUUUACCCCUUUUUUUUUGGUGA